GGCAUUUGUCCCCCCCACAACAAGGACAUAAAGCCUGGUCGUAUUAUAUGCGAUCACGAGGAACUUCGCUUGCUAGCUAUUAGAUACAUAGCCUACUAACUACAACAAUCUACCAAAUGUGCUAAUGGUAGGGUUAUGCUGAAUUGGCUCGUGCUGAUAACUUAUUGACAGAGAGUGCGUGCGGAAGAAAAGUUACCAUAUGGACUUUUGAAGAAGAGUAGCCGAAAAGUGCUUGUCCAACAAAGGCGUGGGUGUCUCUAGCUAGAUUCUAUGUGUUUUGUAUUUGCUUAGCCAUCUCAGAAAUGUCUGGUCGACGCAAGAAGUGUAACUAUUGGAAUAAUCUUAUCUCAUUGCAUUGAGUGCUGUGUAGCGACCUGGGACAUCUAGGUGGUACAAGAAUAAUAUAAUCAUGGCAGACCUCAGGAUUUACAACGUUGUCAUUCUGGGACUAGGAUUUCUGUUCAUUUUCACUGCUUUCACCACCUGUGGAAACAUUGAACAAACCAUAGUUAAAAGCCUGGACAAUGAUACCUUCACUGGAAGUGGUUAUCACAGCCUUGGAAUCAUCUAUGGAAUUUUUUCGUUUUCAAAUUUGUUAGCUCCAACUGUUGUUGCAAUAAUUGGACCACAGUUUACAAUGUUUUUCAGUGGAAUUCUUUACAGUGGUUACGUAGCUGUAUUCAUCACCCCAUCAACAUGGUCCUUUUACUUCACCUCAGUACUAAUCGGCAUAGGAGCAGCCAUGCUUUGGACAGCUCAAGGACACUUCCUUGUGGAGAACUCCGAUGCUUCCACCAUCAAUAGGAACACAGGGAUGUUUUGGGCCCUUUUACAGUGCAGCAUGUUAUUUGGCAAUCUUUACAUUUAUUUUGAUUGGAAUGGAAGGAUAGAAAUAUCAGAUAGGAGCAGAAAGACUAUCUUUAUCCUAGACAAUCCUGCAACUGCUCAAAACCAAAACCAUAUUGCUCCUGAGCUGUUGCAUGGCAUACAGUGUUUGUCAGGUGGAGGRGUCUUUGGACUAGUAUGUAAGAACAACCGCUUCAGAKGGACAUCUGUGGUCUUCCUGGGGAUGGUCGUCCAUUUUGUUGCCUUUUACUUGAUCUACCUCAACAUCCCAGAUGAUGCCCCUGUGGUUUUAAAAACUAGCACACUGAACAAGCCAUAUCUGACACCAAGUAUCUCCAUCGCAUUGCUGUGUAGUUUCCUGCUUGGACUCGGUGACAGCUGUUUCAACACUCAACUGUACAGCAUCUUGGGGCGUGUUUAUGCUGAGCAAAGCGCGCCUGCUUUUGCCAUCUUCAAAUUCAUCCAGUCCAUUUUUGCAGCAGUUGCCUUCUUCUACAGUGGCUACUUGCUGUUGACAUGGCAACUGCUCGUUAUGGUCAUCCUGGGUUUCACUGGAACACUCUGCUUCUUCAUGGUGGAAAGAAUACAGAACUUCUCUGUAGACCUACAACAAGAGUAUUAGGACCUGUCAUUUCAACACUGGCACAGUCAUGUAUGUCAGACUUACAUUUCUAGGUUUUUUAACAGGAAAGAUACUUUGCACCUUCAAUGUCUUAGCUUUAACUUAUCUUGCACAACACACUAAUUAUAUCAUGAGUAAAUGUCAUUUUUAACCUUUUCCAAUAGGAUUGUGUAUGUGUAAUAUAAGUCGUAACCACUCACCUGAUGUAUUAGCUGUCUUUAUGCAUUGCUCUCAGGGUUGUUAUUUAAGAGUCUCAUUGUUGCAAAUUCUGUGGUAGUGUUAUAAUACAUCAUACAUUUCAUAACGUGAUGGAAUUGUUUUUAGAUGUUUGUUAGAAUUUAAGAUGCAUACUAAACAGAAGAAAUGUUAAUAUUGAGGCUUAUAUAAUGAUCUUACAGUUUCAGAAAAUAUGUUAUUAGUGACAAAAACACGCUAGCUACGGGAAACGAUAUUGAUGUAUACCGGCAAAUUUAAUGCUGUGUUGAAAUGUGUAUAGAUAGACAAAACAAUUCAAAUUUAGUCUAUAACAAUUCUCAACAUCCACCAUGCCAAAGCUUACAAGAGCUAUCCAGUGAUUAAAAAAAACAAUAUUGCCUUGUAAUAAUACAAUUACUGUACAACUUAUUUUGUAGUAGUAGAGUAGUUAAAAAAUACAUCUAUAUGCAUUAACAUUUAUGGUAUCCUUUUACUUCCAUUUCUUUUCAAUAUUUUACAUUUUACACUUCAAAAUGUUGUCAGUCAUGCAUACUAAGUGCCUGUUAAUGUUUUGGUUGCUUGUAUCUGUUUAUAAAUAAAGCAAAUGUCUAUUGUAAA